UGGGGCCCUCGGGCAAUAGGGGAUCAUGGGGCCCCUGUGUCCUUUCCCACACUCAAAAAAGCCUAUAAAAAAGGUACCAGGGGCAUUUCAUGGAGCCCCCUACUGACCCCGGGCCCUCAGGCAAAGUUGAGUGCACAUGCUCAGCGUCAUAUCCAGAGGUUGUCUUUGGGAAACAGACAAAUGCAGGGGCGGACUGACAACUCAUGGGGGCCCCCGGGCAGUAGGGGAUCAUGGGGCCCCUGUGUCCUUGCCCAAAUGCAAAAAAAAGCCAAUGAAAAAGGUACCAGGGGCAUCUCAUGGGGCCCCCUACUGACCCCGGGCCCUCGGACAGUGCCCGAGUUUCCAAAUGGUCUGUCCGCC